UAGUGACGUGUGUGACGCUCGUUGGUACACGACGCCUGCUGCCAAGCUGCUAUCCGUGACGCAACACACUUGGCCGUCGUGACGUGUGGCUUGUGUCGAGGUGUCCAGCGUCACUUACCUCGGAGGAGUUGUACUGUAAUAUUCACAAGGGUCAAGACUGAUAGUAAGAAGGAGACGGUGAGAAUAUAAGAAUUGUGUGUCCUUUUCUCGUAUGACGUGUCGGUGUCCUGUUUUGUAGCCAGCGUCUGUACUUGACUGUCUUUUGGUAAGGAUCAAGGAAAACAUGAAGAGCGGUGUGUGUCUUGUGUUAACUGUGGUGGUGGUGGUAGCAGCCAUGAUCACGGACACUGUGAGCCAGAAGCAGGAUGACAGACUGGUGGCAUUAGACCUAGAUGAUGACCAGGAUGAUGAGCUGACACUGACUAAUGAGGCAACAACAGAUGAAUCCCAUGAUGAUACGGAACCCUUUAUUCCAACAGAUAAAUGGCAGACUGUUGAGCCAGGCCAGGCAAUUCCUCCUGGUCUCCAUAUCCGCAUGAACCUCCAGACUGGUGUGAAGGAAGCUAAAUUGUUAGAUGAUGAGGAUGAAGCCAAGCACAGUCAUACAUCCCAAGUGAUGGAGAACCCUGAACCUGCAAACAUGAACAAAGCAGUCAUUUCAGUUGAGAAAAAUGACUCGGAAGAUGAAGAAGAAAUGGAUCAAAAAGCUGCUUUGAUGAGAGACAAUAUAAUUGAAGCUCUAAAGCAAAUUAAAAGUGAGGAUGGGCUUAAUGCAAAGGAGAGUAUUGAAAAUGCAGAGAAAAGAAAGAAGAAGUUACGCUCCUAUGAAGAACUGAAGGAAAAUUUUGAUGCCUUGAAUAUUAAAGUUGAAACAGAUGUGGAAAUACUGACGAAUUUAAUGAAUCGUUAUAAGAAUGCAAAGUUAGAGGAAGAGCGUGCCAACCUGUUGGAGGACAUGGAAUACUUAGUUCAUCAGUUUGACAAUGCUAUCACCUUUGUUGAUAUGGAUGGACUGCAGCAGAUAGUGUUGCCAGGGAUGAACUCAACAAGCAACAUCAUAAAACAGGGAGCAUUGCAUCUGCUUGGCUCAGCAGUCCAGAGCAAUCCAAAGGUCCAGAUAGCUGCUGUUGAAGCUGGCCUUGUUGAGUCACUCAUCAGAACUGUAGCCUAUGAAACUCGGGUGGAUGUGGCUCGAAAGGCAGUUUUUGCUCUUUCCUGCCUGGUAAGAGGCUUUCCUUAUGGGCAACAAGUGCUGGCCCAGAAUGGCGGCUUAGAAGUGUUGAGGAAAGUUUUUGAUAAAAAAGACUUUCAAAGCUUGCCACUCCAGCUGAAGGUGGUAGCACUUCUCCAUGAUUUGUUGAUGGAACGUGAAGAAGCAGAAGGAGAAAGAUUGCACCAGCUACAGCGCUUCAAACUGGACAAGCAACUUGCAUCUGGAGGGUGGUGUCCUGUGGUUUCCUCUCUUCUAACAGUGGCAUCAUUUGACCGACGAGACCGCCGCUAUGACAUGGGUGCUGCUCUCAAGAAUGAGAUGCCUCUGAGACCUGAUCAUGACACAGUCGACAAAGUAGUUUCUGCAAUGAGCAGUAUGGUGGGAGUGUGCCGCAACCAGUUCAUAGACACUCUUCCACUUCUUCGCAACCUGGCGCGCACCUAUGAUGAUUUGGCCUACAAAGAACAGUUUCAAGACAAUGAUGAUGGAGGUCAUGCCUUGUUUAAGGGUCUAGCAGACACAAUUCAAAGACUGGUGAGGAGUAUUGGUUUAAAAAGUGAAUUGUAAUCUUGUAGCUUAUUAUUCAUCAUCAUUUAUCAUGAUGUAGUGAGUAGCAUUCUUCCUGUCAAACUCAUUGGCUCAGUCUUACUUGGAUUUGAGUCCCAGCAAUGAAUGAUCAUUUGGGUGUGUAGACAGCCAUGCAUUGUCCUUAUCAAAGCUGAUUAGUAAAUGAUUAUUUAGGACGUCACAUAGUUUUAAUGUGGAUGUGUGUAAUUCUUCCAUGGUUAGUUGUAUGUGACUAAUCCGUCAAAUCUUAAGGUCAUCCUGAUAAAUGAUCAUUGAUCUGUAUCAUUUGUAUUUUCUCACGACCGUUAUACAUCCAUACUCAACUAUGAGUAUGAUGUAGAAUAUUUAUUGCUACUUUUGUCUAAUGGAAGUCACUAUGUAAGUAUUUUUGAAUUAUGGUUUCCUAGUAUUUAUUUCCCUUCUCACCAUUAUUAUUUAGUAUUUAUUAUUGUUGUGAUAUUUUUGUGUCGUGUUUGGUAAAGUCUAUCAUAAUUUCACAGUCAGUAUUUUUCAUAUAAAUUGUAUACUGGAUUAAAUGACUCCUAAAGUAAAAGAAAUUUAGGAAAAACAAAAUUCAGUCUUCUACUCAUCUAUUUAUCUAUCUUUAUACCAUGCUCACACACAUACACCUCAUUCACUCUUUCUACUCAUACAUUCAUAAAAGUGUGCACAGAUGGGUUAAGUGUAUUACAUUUAUUCUCUUAAUACAGUUAGCUUCAUCUUGAACAUUUGGUAUGUAAACUUAAAAUGUGCAGGUGUGCUGUACUCAAUCGUAAAUAUUGGCGAAGGGCUGGUAGUGUCACCCCUCAUGCCAUGUCAUGCCUCAUAUAACAUGACGGUCAAGAAAAGCACUACAAAGGUAUCUGCUCUGGAAAAUGUGGUAAAUGGCGGCAUUGGAAGUUAGCUUUAUGAUAAUGGAGUUGUUGUUUUGCUAAGAAUAUAGAAUACAUUUGGUUUAAGUUGAUUAUGGUGUAUAUGCCAGUGUAGGUUAAGAAGGUUAAAUUAUGGAAGAUUCAAAUAUGUGAAUGUGAGUCAAGAUUUUGCUUUUUGAAGAACAUUAUUUGUGUUUCCACUCAGGGUAUUUUACAUAGUAAGUAUUGUCUCCACUAGUUUUGGUAUGGAACUUUCUCAGUUUUUUUUUUAUCAUCUAUUUUCUUUGAUUUAAGUCAGGGCUAUCCUGAAGAACACUCAAAACACAAUUUCCUAAUGGUUCCUGUGAUACUUUGUGCUAUCCUGCAUGAAUGUCUUGACUUUGUACUUGUCAAAACAUUCCUCUACAUUAUCAAACAUUGAUUAUAAGUUGAUGUAUCUUACAGCACUUAAACCAACACUGUCAUUGAAGGCCAAAUUUUCCACACCAAUAAAAGGCUCCUAAACCCAACCCUUUAAAGUUGCUAUAUGGCUCACAUGUAAUGUUAAAAAUAUUACCUUAGAGUGAUCAGCACUUCGGGGAUGACAAACCUAAUUAGUGCAGCCAUACACAGUGAACUUGCGCUCAUCUUUCUUAAUCAUAUUGUAAACUUUUCUUUAAGUGGCUAGGUAACAUUUUUUGGGGGCAAAGGCAACAUGAUAAUCUUCAAUAGCAAAGAUGUUAAGAAAGCCUUGUAUGCAGUGUGACAGACAAGUCCAGGUCCUUCAAAGUGUAUUGGGAGACACUUCCUACAGAAAUCUUAUGAGCUUUACAUGAAAGAGUGUGCACCAGCUGCAGUUUCAUGGUAGAUUUGUUUGAGUUAUAAGGCUUUCUUAAGUGAGUGGGUGAUUGCAGAAUACAUCACAUACAGUUUCUGUCAGUGUUCAUAACUCCUUUACACUUGUUUCUCCCUUGCAACCCAUUCUGCCAUGGAUGGAAUGUAAAUAUGGUUAAUCUGCUCCUGUGUGAGUUGUAACACACAUCUUUUCACCAUGUUAAUAAAACUUAGUACAAUGUAAUGCUCAAUUUUGAAAAAUCAUAUGGGUAGACAGCAAAAGAUAAUGAUACACUUGUCAUGCUUCUUUAAGCACAGAUCUUCUGGACCCACACUCAAGCAGUGCUCAGUGUAUGAGUAAAUUGGUGUGUGAAAAAUUUCAUUUUUACUACACAUAGUUGAAGGAUAAGUUCCCUACAGUAGGAACAAUUAAGUCUGAUGUAUCACAUCAGCAGUGUUGAAUUGUGUUGCAUCUAUUUAUUUUUCUUCCUCUUUAGGUACCUCACUCUGUAAUCAUCCUACAAGGGGAUGGCCAAGGCUAAAGAACCUAUACCUCUCCUUAACCAGACACUCCCUCCUUACUUGUUCAAAUCCACCUUCUCUACUAGCUUUCCUCUUGCAUGUGCUGUUUGCCCUAUUAUAUCAUCUUCCAAUUUCUUACUGAGGUCUUCAGUAUCAUUCACUUUUUUUCUCUCUUAGUGUCAGGUCCAUAAACCAUAAUAUUAAAAUAUCAGUGAAGUAGAAAAAUGUUCCGUUAUAUGUUUGAAGGAAAGCUUUUCCAAAACUGUAAUUAUUACAAGUUUAGUGAGAUACAUGAUAAGUUACAUAGUUGAGCAUUUAAUAUUGACAGUUUAGAAUGUCAUGUGAUAGUGUUCUUAGUAAUGAAAAUGUGAUAUUUUUUCCAGAUUUUUCAAUGCAUACUGUAAUAAGUUUUCAAUAGAACAUUUGUUAUAUCUGAUGAAAAUUAAGAUAAAGGCACAAUAAAAAUAGAUUACAGGUGUUUUGUGAACCUGUAAUUCAUCUCAAAAGCUUAAACUUAAGUGACAUGGAAGUGAGAAAUCUAUUCAUGAACCUACACAUCUAGUCAUAAGAGUAACUGAAUGUGAUGCUACAUCAUUAUUAUAGAAUAUAAAUUAAGUGUUUUUAAUAAAUUGCUGAAUUUUC